AUGGCGGGGAAAGCUGCAGAAGCGUUGGCAAAGACUGCGACGGCGUUUCAACAUCCAUGGAGGGCGAAACUCGAUAAGUACAGAACCGAGCUGACGAAAGGCGUGUGGGGUUAUUGGGAGAUGGGAGCGUGGAAACCGCUGGGGAUAAGCGCUCGCAGGAGAGCGAUGCUGAGGAAAGAAGUUCUGACCUCUGGAGAGGAUUGGCCUUACGAUCCGGAGAGGAAAGCGAUGAGGACGAAGAGGAAAGGGCACAAGUGCGAUAGAAUCUCGGCGGAGAAGAGGGAGAACACGGCGAAGCUGAUGCUGAAGAUGCCUCAGAUGCUGCUUGAUUACAAGAAGAGAAGGUGGGAGAAGAAGAUGAAGGAAGAAGAGAAAGCUAAAGAAGACAAGUGA